AUGGCUGGUGGAAAAGGGAAAUCUUCUGGCGGCAAGAGUUCGGGCGGCAAGACCUCGACAGCCGAUGCCCCUAAGAAACAACAGAGCCAUUCCGCUCGCGCCGGUCUGCAGUUCCCUUGCGGCCGCGUCAAGCGUUUCCUCAAGCAAAAUACACAGAAUAAGAUGCGAGUUGGAGCCAAGGCAGCCGUCUAUGUUACUGCUGUCCUAGAGUAUUUGACAGCCGAAGUCUUGGAGCUCGCAGGCAAUGCCGCCAAGGACCUCAAAGUCAAGCGGAUUACCCCUCGACAUUUGCAAUUAGCUAUCCGUGGCGACGAAGAACUCGACACCUUGAUCCGUGCAACUAUUGCCUUCGGCGGUGUUCUGCCCCAUAUCAACCGCGCCCUACUACUCAAGGUCGAGCAGAAGAAAAAGAACAAGGCGAUCGAGGCAUAA